ACCAUCACAGAAGAAAAAGUUCAGAGGAUGAAGGAGCAGUUCAUGUCUGCCUAUGAUGUCACCACAGAUGGACGCUUGCAAAUCCAAGAGCUUGCAAAUAUGAUGUUGCCAGAUGAUGAGAACUUUCUGCUGCUUUUCCGAAGGGAAACUCCCUUGGACAACAGUGUGGAAUUCAUGCGGAUCUGGCGCAGUUACGAUGCUGAUAGCAGUGGAUUUAUUUCAGCUGGCGAGCUCAAAGAUUUCCUACGAGAUCUCUUUUUGCAGCAUAACAAGACAGUUGCAGAAGUAAAACUGGAAGAAUAUACUGAUACCAUGAUGAAAAUCUUUGACAAAAACAAAGAUGGACGGCUGGACUUGAAUGACCUGGCAAGGAUUCUGGCACUCCAGGAAAACUUCCUUCUUCAAUUUAAAAUGGAUGCUUGCAGCACAGAAGAAAGGAGGAGAGAUUUUGAAAAGAUCUUUGCACACUAUGAUGUUAGUAAAACGGGAGCGCUUGAAGGCCCAGAAGUGGAUGGGUUUGUCAAAGACAUGAUGGAACUGGUCAAGCCCAGCAUUAGCGGGGUGGACCUGGACAAGUUCCGCCAGAUCCUGCUCAACCACUGCGACGUGAACAAGGAUGGGAAAAUUCAGAAGUCUGAACUGGCCUUGUGUCUCGGGCUUAAAAUGAACCCGUAGCUGGGAGAGUGCUCGUGGUUGUGUUUCCCUCGUGAGAUUUGCCUGCUGCUCCUCGUAGAAGCGUGUGCGUGCUGCCGGGCGAGUGGUGGGGAG